AUGGCUUGGCAGUCGGAUACACGCACUGAUGAAAAUAGCUUCCUCCUUCGGUUGAAGAUAGUGGGGGCUUAUUCAUUAGCUAAGAAGGACAUCUUUGGUGCUAGCGACCCAUAUGUUCGCGUCGAGCUACAGAAAGUGGACGGUGACGUCACAGUUGAAACGUUUCUUACAAAAACAAAGAAAAAGACAUUAAAUCCAGUAUGGAAUCAGGAGUUUGUAUUCAGAGUAAAGCCUCAAGAGCAGAAGCUGCUCAUCCAGGUGUUCGACGAGAACCGUUUAACCAGGGACGACUUCCUGGGCAUGGUAGAGAUACCCCUAAACAAUACACCCUUCGAGAGUGCAGCAACUCCCCGACCCCCCCUCAACAAGUAUCCCCUGCGCCCGCGCAGGUCUGUUGCUCGGUCACGUGUCCGGGGAUAUAUCGAGGUGUACCACGCGUUAGUGGGCAGAGUGGGCGACCCCGGCACUGAGGAGGCCCCCAACCAUCCCCCCGAUGACUGGGAGCUGGUGGAACCGGCCCCACAAGUGGGUAACGUUCAACCGACGACAUCUAGUGAGGGCGAAGAAUCAUUGCGCAGCGGUAGUGUGGACGGACAAUCAUCUGCAAUGACUAGUGUGGAUGAGGAAUCAACUAUUGGUGGUGAUCCGUUGCCGGCGGGGUGGGAAGAGCGGCAAGAUGCUAAUGGGAGGACGUAUUACGUGAACCACAUAGAAAGGUCCACGCAAUGGGAGAGACCGACUUUCACUCGUAAUAUGAGUAUAGAGUCUCAAGCGGAGCGUAUGGAAACGGCGGCGACGGAGUUCCAACGACGUUUCCAUAUCUCCGCCGACGACGAACACGCGAGUCCUUCCACACAGCACCAGGAGGAUGCGAGUGAAAGGCGAGCUGAAAAUUCAACUGAAAACACGCCUUACUCCACGCCAAUCCUCUCACCGGAGCUCAGGGAGCAAGCUCAUACAGAAACAACAAACAUAACAAAUACAAGCAACGACUGUGAUACUAAUGUAAGAGAUAAUCAAAAUGAAGCAGACGAAGUCGUGAGCGGCAACGAAACCGCCGCCGACGCGACAGAAGUAGACAAUAAUGAAAUUGUAACUGCUGAAAAUGCUCAAGAUACUAAUAACCAAUCUAGUCAAGAGACUGUUGAAUCUGAUGUUGCAGACAAUGAUUUGCAAUCAGGCAUGGAUGCUAUAGCCAUCAACGACAAUAAUGACACUGAGUCUUCUAAUGGUAUCAUAGACGACGAUACGCGGACGGAAAUAGAGGAAAUUACGUUCGGCAGAGUACGGACGUUGACGGAAGAGACCGGUGAUGGAUCUGGUGAAUCGUUGACGUUUGAUGAGAAUCAUUUUAGUACUCCAACUGGAGGUGUCACUCCCGAAAGAAGGGCAUCGACUUCGCGAAGACGAAGGACCACAACAAGCUCUAUGGAGGAUUCGGAGGACGAAACAGACGGGUCCACUGAAAGUACGAGAAGCAGCAGUUCAAGCAGUAGCCAGAGUCAAAAUUUACCUAAUAGUGAUGGUUUACCUCCUGGCUGGAGUAUGCAGCGUGCUCCCAACGGAAGGAUAUUCUUCAUCGACCACAACCAAAAGACUACGACGUGGAUCGAUCCUAGGACAGGGUGUGCCUCAAGUUUGCCCAGCGCGGCCGCUCCCAACGCGGGCGCCGAGGCCGACGAGCUGGGCCCGCUGCCCGAGGGCUGGGAGGAGAGAGUGCACACAGAUGGACGGAUCUUCUUUAUAGAUCAUAACACGCGCACGACGCAGUGGGAGGACCCGCGGCUGUCCAACCCGCAGAUCGCGGGCCCCGCCGUGCCCUACUCGCGCGACUACAAGCGCAAGUACGAGUACCUCAAGAGCCAGUUGCGUAAACCGUGCAACGUGCCCAAUAAGUUUGAGAUCAAAGUGCGGAGGAACUCCAUCCUCGAGGACUCGUACCGCAUCAUCAGCUCGGUGAGCCGCCUCGACCUGCUCAAGACCAAGCUGUGGGUGGAGUUCGAGUCCGAAGUGGGGCUGGACUACGGCGGCCUUGCCCGCGAGUGGUUCUUCCUGCUGUCGAAGGAGAUGUUCAACCCGUACUACGGACUGUUCGAGUACUCCGCCAUGGACAACUACACGCUGCAGAUAAACCCCAACAGCGGCGUCUGCAACGAGGAGCACCUCAACUAUUUCAAGUUCAUCGGCCGCGUCGCCGGCAUGGCCGUGUAUCAUGGGAAAUUGCUCGAUGCAUUCUUCAUCCGUCCAUUCUACAAGAUGAUGCUGGGCAAGCCCAUCGAGCUGCAGGACAUGGAGUCCGUGGACCUGGAGUACUACAACUCGCUCAUGUGGAUCAAGGAAAACGAUCCCUCCGAGCUGUACCUAACGUUCUCCGUGGACGAGGAGCAGUUCGGGAAGACCAUCCAGCGCGACCUGAAGCCGGGCGGCGCCAAUAUCGCCAUCGACAACGAAAACAAAGAUGAAUAUAUUAAACUAGUGAUCCAGUGGCGAUUCGUGAGCCGCGUGCAGGAGCAGAUGUUCGCGUUCCUGGAGGGUCUGGGCGCGCUGGUGCCGCUGCCGCUGCUGAAGAUCUUCGACGAGCACGAGCUGGAGCUGCUGCUGUGCGGCAUCCAACACGUAGACGUGCGCGACUGGCGCGCCAACACGCUCUACAAGGGCGACUAUCACGCCAACCAUCUCGUCGUGCAAUGGUUUUGGCGGGUGGUGCUAUCGUUCUCGAACGAGAUGCGGUCGCGGCUGCUGCAGUUCGCGACGGGCACCUCGCGCGUGCCCAUGAACGGGUUCAAGGAGCUGUACGGUUCCAACGGCCCGCAGCUGUUCACCAUCGAGAAGUGGGGCUCCCCCGACAACUACCCGCGCGCGCACACAUGUUUCAACCGCAUAGACUUACCGCCAUACGAGAGCUACCAGCAACUGCGCGAGAAGCUCGUGAAGGCCAUAGAAGGGUCACAGGGCUUCGCUGGCGUCGAC